AUGGAGGGGGUGGAGGAGGCCAACCGGGCGGCGGUCGUGAGCUGCAAGAGGCUGGUCGCGCGCCUCUCGCUGUCUGCCGGCGACCCGUUCCGGCUCGCCGCCGUCGCGGCCGAGACCGAGGAGGCCGUGUCCCGGUUCAGCAAGGUGGUUAACAUCCUCGGCAAUAGGGUUGGCCAUGCGAGGGCGAGGGUCGGCCGGAGGAGCUCGCCGGCGGGCGACCCGAUUGCGAGGUGCCUCCUCGAGUACCACCCUCCCCCGCCGGUGCCGUACUGCCCACCUGCCAGUGCCCCCCAACUCCAUGGGAGUAGCAGUAGCACUCCUGCGCCGCCGACGCCGCUGAAGCAGAUGGCGGUGCCGGUGGCGGCAGCGGCGGCUCCUUGUGCUACAGACAGGGACAUGUUCUUCCAGACGCCGCUCCUAGAUUUGAGUGGGUGCAGCGUUACUCCCGCCUCCAUGCCGCCGUGCAGAUCAACGGCUCGAGAGUUUCCGCAGCAGCAGCCGGCGCCGCCGCAGAAGAGGAUGCUCGAGCAGCAGCAGAGGCCGGCCAGCAGCGACAACAAGAGGUUCCACUUCGAGCCGAAGCCGGCGAGCGAGAAGCCGUUCCACAUCGAGAUCCCGGCGGCAAGGAGCGGCAAGGAGCCGGAGGUGAUCACCUUCAGCUUCGACAACUCGGUGUGCACCUCGUCGGCGGCCACCUCCUUCUUCACCAACAUGAGCAGCCAGCUGAUCAGCAUGUCGGAGACCUCCGCCUGCGCGCCGGCGUCCAGGAAGGCGGCGCACAAAGCCGACGACGACGGCAAAUGCCACUGCCCGAAGAAAAAGUCGGUGCCGGUCGCAUACGCCAUUGAUUUAUUGAAGCCGAGGGAGAAGAGGGUGGUGAGGAUGCCGGCGGUGAGCGACAAGGUGGCCGAUAUACCUUCGGACAGCUACUCGUGGAGGAAGUACGGGCAGAAACCCAUCAAAGGCUCUCCACACCCAAGGGGAUACUACCGGUGCAGCAGCAUCAAGGACUGCCCGGCGAGGAAGCACGUGGAGCGGUGUCGCGGCGACGCCGGGAUGCUCAUCGUCACCUACGAGAACGACCACAACCACGCGCAGCCGCUCGACCUCGCCACGCUCACCGCCAACUCCGAAGUCUGA